AUGCAUAUUACCUUCGACUCUAUCCCAACACCUGAUGCUGUCGCCUAUGAAUCCCUCAUCAAUAUGCUCGUCACCAACAAGCAGAUGGCUCUUGCACCCAGUUACAUGGAGAAAUUGAAGUCGUCUGGUGUACAUAUGACGGCGUACAUCGCCAAUCUCCUGAUUAAGGGCUAUGCUGCCGCCAGGGACGUUGAAGAAGCUCGAAGAAUAUUUGAGAACUUGGUGGAUCCUCCCAGCGGCGUCGCAGCCUCAGGUAACCAUGUUCCUCAUGAAGGCUCCAAUCAGCGUACAUCCCCAUCGCCAUCCCUGUCGUACCAUGAGCCAUCUACGUGGGAAGCUAUGUUCUGUGCAGAGCUAGGUAAUGGCUAUCGCGACAGAGCGGUCGCACUGCUGGCACGGCUACAGGAAAGACAAUUCCCUGCCGCAGUAUACAAUCGGAUACGAGGCAUCAUGAGCGAUCAUUCCGUCUCACCAUGGGCAGCAUCUCCUUGA